UGCAUCUUUUGCAUGGCUGUUACCCAAAUAUAUCAGGCAAAUGUAUGAUCAUUUUACUGCAUUUAAACUGCAGCUGACUUCCCUCUCCUCACACCUUUACAGGUAACGUUUGUUAAAUCUUUCUUACUGUUCUCCAGGAAUGAUUCACUUGUUACCUCUUUGAUGCCUCCUCCUUCUCUCUUCCUUUCAGACAAUUCCAACUGGAACCCGGCAGCACCGAACCAAGGCAGCAGAAAUGGCAAACCUGAAGCCCCGUGAAGCAGACGACUGGAUCAAAUCUCUUGUUCAAGAGUCCCACAAGGCCAAAGAGUUCUCCUACUGUCCUUACAGCCAGCUCCGAGUGGGAUCAGCCCUGUUAACAGAGGACGGGAAGAUCUUCUCAGGAUCCAAUGUUGAGAAUGCUUGCUUCUACCUGGGUCUGUGUGCAGAGAGGACUGCUAUAAACAAGGCUGUUUCUGAAGGAUACAGGAAAUUUAAGGCUAUUGCUGUUUCUAGUGACUUGGAGGAGCGGGUGAUCCCUCCAUGUGGCGCCUGCCGACAGGUCAUAAGAGAGUUUGGUGAUAUUCCCGUCUUCAUGACCAAGGUGGAUGGAUCCUACACCAGGAUGACUCUGGAGGAGCUGCUUCCACUGUCCUGGGGUGCUGAGUACCUGAAGAAAUAGGAGACGAAUUUCCAGAAACAUUAGGAAAUUUAGUGCAUGUAUCAUGAGCACUGUUCAGUUUUUGUGACAUCCAGCUUUUAAUGUUAAAAGAACAGAAUAGAAAAUGCAAGCAUUUAUUUCACCUGAGACUUCAGUAUGUGUCUAUCAUUGUAUUUCAAAUAAAGA